AUGACAGAAGGGCUGAAAUCAUUAAUGGCUUUGUUCCACAGUAAGGCUGCCCGGCAGCCAGGCGUGUUACCCGCAGCGCUGAAGGGCGGAGGGAGUGCGGGAGAGCACCGAGCCCCGCCGGGCCGUGCUGCGGGGGCGGCUCCCGCCGGCGAGCCAGCAGCGAGGCACUGGGAACCAGCAUCCCGGCGGCAGCGGCCCCGCGCCGCACGGCUCCCCGGAGGGCCGUGCCGUGCCGAGCCCCGCCGCUCCGCACCGCACGCCAGGCGGGCAGGAGAGAGGCCCCGCAGCCGCCGCCGCACACGGACGGCCGCUCCCGGGGGCGGGCGGUGCCGAUCCCGCCCCCCGCCCGCGGCAGCCGCCAGCAGCCCCCGGCAGCCGCCAGCGCGGCGGGCGGCGCAGGCAGGCGGCCGCGGCCCUCCCUCCAUCCCCCGCCCUCCCCGCCGGGCCGCGCCGCAGCCCGCGGGCGCGGCCAGGAGGCGGCGGGGUCGCGGCUGCCCCGGCUCCCCGCCCGCCUACCAGGCGCGGGGCGGCCCGGCACUCCCCGCCUUUCCGAGGCUCUACGUCCCCCUCCGGCGAGAUGUUAUGGCCGAGCCGGCGCAGACGGGCGGCGUAGGGCAGGGCGGGCGGCGGGAGGAUGAGGCGGCGGUGGCGGCGCCGGCGGCGGCCGCCGCCCCCAGCUCGGAGGACUACGAGUGCAAGAUCUGCUACAACUACUUCGACCUGGAGCGGCGGGCGCCCAAGCUGCUUGAGUGCCUGCACACCUUCUGCCAGGAGUGCCUGAGCCAGCUGCACCUGCGCGCCGCGCAGCAUCUCCCCGCCGCCGGCACCGAGCCGGGCCCGGGGCGCUCGCCCGCCGGCUCCCUGGCCUGCCCGCUCUGCCGCCACCGCACGGCGCUGCCCGACCACCGCGUCCACGGCCUCCCGGUCAACACCAAGCUGGCCGCCGCCUGCCCGCCGCAGCUGCGGGCCCGCGAUCCGGUGCCGCAGGACCGCCUGCCGCCGCUGCCGCCGCGCCGCCCGCCCCGCGCCCGGGAGGCGGCGGCCGCCCUCGCCCCGCCGCCCCCCGCCCCCGCCGGGCCGCGCUCCUCGGGCGGCGGCUACGAGAGCUGCCAGAGCUGCAAGCGGGCGGCGCUGAGCGCCGGCUGCGUGUGCGUCGUCGUCUCCUUCCUCUCCAUGGUGGUGCUGCUCUUCACCGGCCUCAUCUUCGUCAACCAGUACGGCGGGGACGCCGCGCCCGGCGCCGCGGCAUCACCGUCGCCGGUGGGGCCCAUCUGCCUAUCGGUUGCCAGCAUCCUCGCCCUCUUCUCCGUCGUCGUUACAUGGCUCAUCUGCUGGCUCAAGUACCGGCCCGAGGCGGCGACCGGCGGGGCCACGGCCAACGGCUCGGCGCGGGGCCGGGCCGCCCGCAGGAGCGACACGUAGUCCUGGCGGAGCGGAGCAGGGCCGGGCCGGGCCGGGCUGCGCGGGGCGGACGGCGCGGGACGGGCUGAGCGCGGCCGGGCCCGGCGGUGCGGGGAUGGCGCGGCCGCUGCUCCGGGAGCCCCGGCUGGGGGGUGAGCCCCGAGCGGCCACGGGGCGGGUGGGCGUCGGCGGAGAGCGCACGGGCGGGGCGGGGUGACAGGUGCCAGCCCUGUCACGGCCACCGGCCCCACGCCCGGCCCGAUAUCACGGUGGGCCCUGCGGCACUGGCACAGCCCGAGGCCGUGGGAAUGGGCUGCAGGGUGACCCGGCGAGAGAUCACGGAGGGUCCGGCCGCUCAGGAGGGAGGGUAGGGCGCGCCUUGCCAGCAGAGAUGGCUGGAAGGGCCUCCCUGGGGAGCUGGAGCUUGGGUUGUGUGCGGUCCCCGCCUCUGCGGGAGCGCAUCCCAGGUGCUGAGCUCCUGAUGCAGAAGGACACAAUUGCGAUUAAAGAAAACUGGCUUACUGUUGCCCCCACCUGGAAGAUAAUUUGAGAGGUUCACUGUGGUUAGGAGCAGAACAGGAACACGAUGUUAAAUGUGCUUUGUGUUUUCCCUUUUAUGAAGUUAACAAGUUAACAUAUAGAAGAAGCUGUAACAGAAGUGUAUUAUCUUAAAAGAGACUGAGCCAAAGUUUCCUACAGUGUACUGAGUAUGGUUUCAUUAUGAUUUUAUUAGAAGGCUGUUGAGCCCUCUGAUGGUUGCUUAAAGUAAUCUGUAUUAUUUAAUUAUUUGAAAUUCUAAUUUAAUGUGGGAGGCUGAAAUACUACACUGAACACUUAAAACAGUUUAUGGGAGAUUAUUUAGUUAAUGGAGCUCUAAAAUAGAGCUAAGAGACUCUUGUCGUAGGGAUUAAUAUUUCACUGGCCACUGAUUUCAAUUUUUAUGCAGUGAGAGGAGCCCACAUUAAAGUAUGGACUUUCAGCAUCACUGUAAAAGUGGAAUGCAGUAGUGUAAUUUGUGAUUGAACAUUCGGUCGAGGUAGCUGUAGUAAGACAGUGGUUUUCCCUCUUGGUAAGUUUAUCUUCUGUGUUGGGAGUUUCUGUAACGGGCAGUAGAAAAUGGUUUUGUUCUGUGAGGUUGGAACAUCAAAGGUGUCUUUGAAAUGUGACAAGACGCUCAUGAUAUAAAAUGGAAAAACAUUGCCAUACAACUGGUUUUGUAGUAUAUUAAGGAGAGCACUCUAUAUAGAUACUGUUCUGUGUUGCAGGAUAAUUCAUUUGGUGCCUGAAUUUUUUAAACUUAAUUAGUUGUUAUAAUCUAUUCUAUCGGGAAUAAGAUAAUGCUGCUUAUUCCGUGUUUCUACACAGUACUGUAAUGGAAUGAGGUAAUUAUUUUCAUGCUUAACAAUUCAAGAAUUUUAAAAGUGAUCUUUUAGUAUGUGUAUUUUGCAAGCUGUCUGCAUGAUAUUCUGACAAGUAUCCUCUUAAUAGACCUUUACUUGACCACUUCUGUUUAUCACAAGUGCAAAGGAAUUUACUCUGUAGAAAUGUAAAGACAGCAGGUGAAGAUGUGUGAUGUGUUUUAUGACUGCACAAGUGGUGUGUGCUGUGCAAUGUCUUGAUUAUCACAAAUCUGUGAAAAAUAACCCCCUGAUGCCCAAGAAACCCCACAAACCAACCAGUGUUUGUACAGACUCUGAUGAUGGAUGCAGUUUGUGGAAACAGUAGAUAAUUUUUGUGUCACUUAUGUCUAUUGAAAAAGAUCCGCACCAGCCUUUUAAAGUUGUAUAUCACAAUAUAAAGGCCCUGAGGAGAUAAAUUACUGGGAUCAACUGUGGCUCUGACCGAGAUUUGUGUAUUUAGACCAGUGUUUUCCAACUUGGAGUUGCUCAUUAGCUGUCUAAAAGGUUAUGCCUCCUAAAAUCAGGCCUGACCGUUAGCCCCUGUUGACUUCAGCAGUAGUUGUAGAUGUUCUGCACCAAAGAAAAUCACGAGACUUUUAUUUAAGCAUCUAAAUGAGAAUUUAGGUGCUUGACUUCAGGUACAAAUAUUUGAAAAUUUGGGCCUUAACCUCUCUGUUCUUCAGUUAAUGCAUCUGUAAAGUUUGAUAAUAGCAUUGACCUACCUCACAGGCAAGAUGUGAGGCUUUAUUUAUUAGAUGUUUUUAAGCAAUUGGAAAUCCUUGAAGAGGAGGUGCUAUAGAAGUGGAAGUAUUAUUAUAAAUGAUACUGUAGUAGGAAUAAAUAUAUGUAAAUUAAUGGACAUAAACAGCAACAAUGUUUUCUAAGAAAAAUAAAUAUAUAAAAUAUGUACAUGUGUACAUCAUAUGCACCAAUACAUGAUUUACCUGUUUGUGCUUCUCCUGCAAAUGCAGUGUGUGUAUCUGCAUUUCUUUUCAACCAGGUAAGCUCCAGUACGCUGCAGUUCAGGUGAGCCCAGCCAGCAGUUGCUGCUCCAGCUCCGUCUUGUAGACAUCCAGAGGUAGCUCUGAGUGCUCUUGGAGCUCAACUGGAGCUCCCUGCAUAUUUAUUUUCUUUACUUUGCCUUAGUCCUGCAGGCUUUGGCUGCAGGGAGCUGCUCAGGUGUGCCGGGGUGCUGCCAGCACUCUGGGCACACCAGUGAGCUCCCUCCUGUGUGGGACUGUGUGCAGGAGCUGCUGUCCCACAGAAUCUGUUAUGGAGCUGUGCCCUGAAUUACUGAUUACAGUAAGAAAUGUAUAGUCCAUCCUUUUCUUUACUUUCCACAUCAUAGUUUUAGUCUUGCCUUUUCUCUGUAAACAGUAUUUGCCAUUUUGACUAAACCAAUGGUUUCAGCUGGGAUCCAUGGACUACUAAAAGAGCUGCGAAAGGUAAGUAAGAAAAGCAAAUCGAUCAUCAGAAGCUUAAAUCUGUUGCAUGAGGGUCAGCUUUAAAGCAUUUAGUGGUUGGCACAAUACAAAAAGUUGAAGAUCACAGGCCUAAACAGGAUUUUCAGGCUUAUUCACAUUAAAUGAUAUUACAUAUCAGGUUCCUACCCAUAUAUUUGAAAAUAUAUCAGAGCCAAAUUAAAAUGGACAGUCUGAUCUUAUGCCAAAUUCUUUUCUCUGCUUGCACAAAUUUUGGGAAACUCCACUGGUUUCAGGAACGUUAGUCUGGAUCCACAUCACAGUACCAGUCAGAAAAAAUCAUGCAUUAUAUACAUCUCUGGCUUCUGUAGAAUCCCAGUAUUAUAUUUGUAUUUUGGGUUCCUUUGAGUGUACAGAUUGCUGUCUAAAGCCAAACUUUGCUCAAGUUUCAGUAAAAAAAAGUUAAGUAAAAAUACAAAAAGAUAAAAUCUG